UUUCGUUUCAAAGUUCGCGUGUAUAAUUUACAAUUUCAUGUGCUGAGCUUGGUUCAAUUCAUAACCUUAUCAUUCCUGUUUCUGCCCGCUUUGUUGACAAUCGCAAUUGCAAAGCGCAUUCCUGAAUUGACUUAUACACAAUGCGGCCAAAGGAUCACCCCGAUCUGCGUUUUGAUGUGAUCCCAAAGUUGUUCGAUGCACACUUUAAGGUGUUUGUAACGAACCUGGUCCAUGUGGAGGAACAGCUUCAUCUGCUGCCCCGCCAAUUCUGCCGGAUGUACACCACUCGUCCGCUGGCCAACCAGUUGCAACAGUAUCUUAAAUUGCGCAAAGCGAACAUUAAGGAGCAGGAUUUCAAGGUGGUGGAGGAGGGCCAGCCCUUCCCGCUGGUCCUUAGCGAUGGAAAGCGCCUGGAGGCGAUGCUCUGCUCCGGGAGUCAUUUGGGCCACAGCCUCAUCCUGCUCAUCCGGCGGCCACAGGAUGGCAGAUUGCUAUACUGCUACUCGGCAGUGAGGCUGGAUAAUCUCGGUCGUCUGCUGGGCAACUCCAUCUUCAACUCAUGGAUCGUCAAGGGCACCGAGCAUCUGUAUCUUAAUCUCACCUCAGUGAACGAGCAGUUUGAACCAGUGGAUUUCGAUAGGAUGGCAAUCACUAUCGAGGAAUAUGGAAAUCAAAACAAUGGUGUAGAGGUGUGUCUAGUUUUGCCACUUUUUGGCUAUGAGGAGAUGCUCUGGAAAUUGGCACAUACGCAACUCAAUGGACAUAUCCGACUUGGUGACGUUCUUAAGGACAGCUAUAAGUGCCUCAGUUCCGAUCUAGAGCGUUUCCAGGGUUUCCAUUGCCUUGGGCAAUGGCUUUAUGUCUGCUCUUCUCUGGAGCACAGUCAACAGGGUAAUCAACAGGAAAACGUAGUUUUCCUUAAUAUAGAACACCUUAAGUGGUCGCCACCGCCGACGAGGAUGCAUCUCCGUCAGCUUUGCAGCCUGAUGAGACCGCAACACAUCCAGGGUAUUGUGCACUUCCAUUCGAAUGGCAUUGUCCCGCCCAUUCCGACAUACCUAAAAAGGUUCAAGGCAAACUAUUCUCCGCAGAAGGAGGGCCUAACAUUGUCAAGGGUCCAGGUGGAACCACAGGAAAAAGUAGCAAGUAAAGGACACUAUCGUGCUUUAUUAAACAGAAAGGCCUUCGAAUAUCUAAACGAUUUAGAUAGCACUGAUUCGGAUUAGAAAGAAGGAAUCAUCUCUUUAAUAACGAUUUAUCAGGCUGUGUUCCUAUAAAUGUUCAAAUAAAAUGUUCAGCAAAAUAAAGUAAAUAUUGAAAUUUAUCAAUAAAGCAGAAUAAGAGA